UUUCGUUAGUGUUUAGUUCUUUUUAUCAAAGUCUCUAGCACCAUUUAGUUUCAAUGGCAACUGGGAUAGUGUUGUUAAAAUGCAUGUUGAUGAUGGUUUUGAGUGUGGGUUUUGUGAAAUCAGAUAUUGAAAAAGAUAAAGAAGAGUGUUCCACGCAAUUAGCUGGGAUAUCGACAUGUUUAUCUUAUGUUAGUGGUACAGGAAAAUCUCCAACACCAGAUUGUUGUACUGGCCUUAAACAAGUUGUUGCUACUAGCAUGAAAUGUGUUUGUGUUCUUAUUAAAGACAGGGAUGACCCUUCUCUUGGUCUCAAAAUCAACACUACUCUUGCUUUAGGACUUCCUUCUGUUUGUAAAACCGCUAAUAAAAUUUCUGAGUGCCCCGCACUGUUAAAUUUGCCUCCUAAUUCAACUGAUGCCAAAAUGUUCAAAGAUUUUGAUAGCGUGGCUAAUGGUACUACUACUGCACCAGCAUCCAAGGAAACUCCAACUGCGGGAUCAAGUCCACAAGUGAAGAAUGAUGGUGGAUUGAGAAUAAAUAACUGCUUGGGAUUGAAAGUGGUAUGUGGAUUUAUUUUAUGGUGUUUGACAUCAUAUUAUUGAUCUUGGUUGUCUAAGAUCAUGGUAUCUGUUGUAUCGAGAAUUUUGAGUGUUUUGUGAAUUUUAUGUACAUCCCUCUUUAUGUUAAAAUGGAACAUGUAAGAAUAUUGAAG